CAGGGACACAGAGGACACAGGGGACACGUGAGACAAAGGGGACACAACGGACACAGGGGACACAAUAGACAAAAGGGACACAGGGCACCCAAGGAGAUACAGGAGUCACAAGUUACAUAGGGGACACAAGGGACACAGCAGACACAAAGGACAUAGGAGACACAGGGGCAGAAGGGACACAGAGGUCACAGGGACAUAGGGGAGACAAGAGACACAGGGGACACAAGGGACACAGGGAAACAAAAUGGAGGCAGGGGACUUAGGGAGCGCAAAGGAGACGGGGAAGACAGGAGACAAUCAACUCAAGGGGACACAUGGGACACAAGGGGAAACCAGGUAUGCAGGGGUCACAAGGGACACGGGGGACACAAGUGACAUAGGGGACUCUAGGGACUCAGGGGACACAGGGAACAUAAGGGACACAGGGGACACAAAAGUACAAAAGGGACACAAGGAGACACAAGCAACACAAGGGACACAGGGUACACAAGGGAUACAAGGGAUACUAGGGGACACAAGGGAGACGGGAGACUCAGUGCACACAAGGGACACAGUAGACACAAGGGACACAGGGGAGUUAUGGGACACGGGAGACUUAUGGGACACAGGAGACACAAGGGACGCAGCCGACACAGGCGACACACGGGACACAACCGACAUAGGGGACACAGGAAACACAGGGGACACACGGGUCGCAAUGAACAUAAGUUGACCCAAGGCACACACGGGACACAGAAGACACAAGGGUCACAGGGGACACAAAUAACAAAGGCGACCCAGGGGACACGAUGGACAUAGGAGACACAGGCGAGAGAAGGCACCAAAGGGACACAGGGGUCUCUUGGGGACACAAGGGACACAUGGGACACAAGAGGACAAAAGGGGCACAAGGGGACACAAGGGAUACAAGAGACACAUGGGGACACAGGAGACUCUGGGCACACAGGGGACAGAAAGGACGCAGGGGACACAAGGGAGACAGGAGACAAAGGGGACACAAGGGGACACAUGGAACACAGGUGACACGAGGGACACAGGAGACAAAAGGGACACAAAGGGACACAGGAGACCCCUUGCACAGAAGGAACACAAGGGACCCAGAGACAGAGGAGAUGCAAGAGACACGGGACACAAGGGAGACAGGGGACACAAGGCACACAAGAGGACACAGGGGACACAAGGGAAACACUAGUCACAAGGGACACAAGGGGACACAGGCGACAUAAUUGAAGACCAGGGACACUAGGAACACAGGGAACUCAAAGGGACACAGGGGACACAAGUGGACACAUGGGACAAAGGGGACACAACAAACACAGGGGGGGGACAAGAGACACAAGGGACACAGGGAACCCAAGGAGACACAGGGGUCACAAGGGACACAGCGGA